UACCCAGGACAGAACAUCCCAUCCUAAUUCUGAACCAAAGAUGGAAAUGCACCAAUGCUGGGACUCUCAAUGGCAGGAAUUCUUGAAAAAUGUGGCAGGGCUUCCCAUACCACCACCUCCUUUGGAAAAUAAUGGCACAGAUUCCCAGGCCUCCUCGGGAAGAGACAAAGAAGAUCCACAGCAGAAAAGUUCUGGGGAAGCCAGAAGGGAAUCUGUACUCCAAGGGGAUCCGAACAUCAGUGGGAAAGCCUGCUGGAUGGGCAGGGAAAAGCUGAAUUCCUCCGUGAAGGUGAAGGUGGAAGAGGAAGAAGUCAAUCUGGAGAGCCAGGCACCCCAGCCCUUCAGCUCCCAGGAUGCUGAGGAGCCCCAGAAGAUGUCUUCAAAGAGAAAGAACCCCAGUUCAACUGAAGCAAGGCGAAAGAGGCAUCGGAAAGCCGUUGAUCUCAAUUUGAAGAUGAAGAUCAUCAAAGCCUAUGAAGCUGGGAAGAAGAUGCAUAAAAUAGCGAAAGAAGAAGGUCUGGCUUGUUCCACCAUUUGUGCUACUGUGAAGGACAGGGAAAGGAUCAGAGAAGCAUUGAAAGGAGCCAUAGGAAUGAACACAAAUAUAACAAUAAUACAAAAACGCCACACCCCUGAAAUGGAACCACUCUUGAUUCUUUGGAUCAGAGACCGGAUACAAAAGAGGUUAGCUUUCUCAUUCAGAUUAAGGCACGCAGCCUUUUCACAACACUGAAGGAACAA